AUGCCUGAGCGGCAGAGGUUACUGCAGGAAGUAAUCAACAAGACGACAGUCCGUAAUGCCGCACUAGAGCGCCUCCGCGGUUUGGCACAUGAGCUGAAGACACAGCAAGAAGAGCAGGACCGAGUGCAGGAUCAGAUCAGCGCGCUUAUGAGUAUCGGCCACUUUGUUGGCGAGAUUCUCCGCCAGGUGGAUGAGGAAAAAUUUAUUGUGCAGAGCAUCUCUGGUGCGCGUCACCUCGUGGGCUACAAGAAGAGCAUCAAGUCAGAAAAGCUCAAGUUGGGUGUCCGUGUGGCGCUGGAGAUCACUACACUGACGAUUGUCAAGGUGCUCCCGCGCGAGGUGGAUCCGCAGGUUUACCGCAUGCAAUUCAUGGGUGAUGAGAAGGGUGUCUCCUUCCAGGAGAUUGGUGGGCUGCAGGAGCAGAUGCGGCAGAUGCGAGAGGUGGUGGAGCUGCCCUUGACAAACCCGGAGCUCUUCAAUCGUGUGGGCAUUACACCACCUAAAGGCGUGCUGCUGUUCGGCCCGCCUGGAACAGGCAAGACACUCCUUGCCAAGGCGAUUGCAUCGAACGUGGAUGCUGCCUUUCUGAAGGUAGUAGCCUCCUCUAUUGUGGACAAGUACAUUGGUGAGUCAGCGCGCGUGGUGCGAGAGAUGUUCGCUUACGCCCGGGAGCACGAGCCGUGCAUCAUUUUUAUUGACGAAGUGGAUGCGAUUGGCGGGAAGCGUAUUGAAGGCACCUCCUCUGAUCGCGAGAUUCAGCGCACACUGAUGGAGCUGCUGCACCAAAUGGACGGAUUCGAGAAGUUGGGCAAGGUGAAGGUGAUCAUGGCGACGAACCGGCCCGACACACUCGACUCCGCCCUCAUGCGACCGGGGCGUCUGGACCGCAAGAUUGAAAUUGGGCUUCCGAACGAGGCGGGUCGACUCGAUGUGCUGAAGAUUCACUCAUCAAAACUCACGAAGCAGGGAGACAUUGACUACGACUCCCUCGUGAAGUUAUCGGAGGGCUUUAACGGCGCCGACCUUCGCAAUGUGUGUACCGAGGCAGGUAUGUUCGCCCUUCGUGCGGGUAGGGAUUAUGUGAUCAAUGAAGACUUCAACAAGGCGACGCGAAAAGUCGGUGAUGCGAAGAAACUGGAAGGCGCCCCGCACCAAUACGCUGAGCAGUAA